UUAAGAGCUCCACUUUUCUCUGAAACUUUCAGUUAACCCUCUGAACAACUUUCAACGACUUUCAACAACUUUCUGAAAUGUCUGGAACUGCAGCACAAGUCGCCACCGGAAUCCCCGCCGAGAAGCACACCGCACGUCCUUCUGAUGUCGUAGAACCAACACAAAUCACAACUGCUCCCCAACAAGGCUCUACUCAACCUGGAGACGGAUCAACUGUCCGGGAAACCACCGGACCCGAUGGACAGCCGUUGAGAGUCAUCGAGGUGCCAGGGGAUGAGCAUCAGGUACCUUUCAAAGAUCAGGUUAUCGGUUAUGCUAAGAAAACUCGUGGAACGAUGCUCAAUAAACCGGAGCUGAAAGAGCACGGCGAGCAGAUUAUUCAGGGAACGGCGUCCGUUUCGACACCGCCAGAACACCAUUCGUAGAUGAACUUCAGGACGGAAUACAUCUGGAUAACCCUUGUAUUUAAUCUGUACGAGUAUAAUGUAAUUCGUGAGUAAGUAGACUAGUUCGUCUCCUUGAGGAUCCUUGAGGACCUGAUUAUACAUUUGUCAAUAAAUCCGCAG